CCACUGGAAGUAUUUGAGAAGGGAAAAAAAAAAAAAAAAUGGAGUGGAAUUCUGCGAUAUCAUAUGUAAUAUAUAUAUAAUGGAAAACUGAUAUUUUAUAUGUGUAUUUGUUUUGGUUUAUCAGAAGAUUUAAUCGAGUGUAUGAUUGUAAAUUUUCAGAAGGUAUGUGCUAUUUUUAUAUGAAAAUCAAUUAUUUCAAAGUUUUCCGGAAGAGUCCCAGUUCUAAAGUAAUAUAGUUUGGAUUAUAGAGAAUUUCAAAAAAAAAAAAAAAAAAAUUCGAAGUUAUACAGAACUUGCAAUAUAUGUAAGAGAAUUGCUAAUAUUAGUGCUUCAUUGAUCAAAUGUUAUUAAUAUGAUGGAGGUAUCUAAUACACAUUUAUUAGAGACCAAUAAAACGAAACAACUUCGUUUUUCAAUUGAUGCUCUUAUGGGCAAAAAAAGUGAGUCCAGUGACUCUGCCUCUUACCCAGAUGAUUCAUCAUCUCCAUUAGCAGUGAAAGACUAUAGCAUUCCUAAAAUCCCUGAGGAAGUUCCGCAAGCGCGCUUAUUUGAAAAUUCUACGAGAUCUCCUCAGCCGGCAUCCCCAGCAGUGUUGAUCCCUAUUCCCACGUUUCCCGCCGGUGUAUCACCCGCAGCUACGUUGACGACGGCGACGAACUCAAGGCAUAGGACAUAUUUCCCGAGUUCAUCGGGUUUGUUUCCACAAUCUCUUCCACGGUGCCUACCAUCAAUGGAUGCCACUCUGGCUGGUAUGUUCUUCCGUGAACCUUAUCAAGUAUAUCCGUGGUAUCAACAAAGAUACAUCCAUAACAGAUACGGAGCAGGUCCAGAUAUACCAGCUUUUCUUUUACCUCCGUUCCGUAAAGCGAAGAGAAUACGAACAGCAUUUACCGCUUCUCAGCUAAUGAAAUUAGAAAGUGCAUUUGAUAAGAAUCAUUACGUUACGGGUAACGAAAGGAAACAACUAGCAGAUAAUUUGGGUCUUUCCGAACACAGGUUAAAGUUUGGUUUCAAAACAGGAGGACGAAACAAAAAAGGCAAGAUUUAGAAGAUAGAGAAAGGAAUGAGAAAAAUCACUCCCUGUCAAUAAACAAGCAGAUAGAUGCCUCAAGUACACAUUCAUCAGGAUCAAACCUUAAUUUAUCUCCUUGUCUAAGAAAUGGAAAUGUUAGCUUAUACGAAGAUGAUGACAGUUGUAAUGAAAAUAGCAGCGACGGAAAGGAACAUUAAAUAUAAUUUUCAUAUGCAUUGAUCAACCGAAUUUUCAGAUUCCCAUUGCUAACGCUAUAUGUAUAAUACGCUUCAUCAAAUGUCUCAACGUCUUAUAACAAACACGUGUACAGCUUCUACAAUUACAUUUAUCUAGCGAAAAUUUUAAAACAAAGUGCCUGUAGUCAACAAUAAUCUGAGCUCACUGCAAGUUAUCACAAGGGUUAAACCCGGCUUCUACUCAAACUAUUAUUACCUAGUUAAUUAUUCUGGGACAAUACCGGUUUCAUCAUCUGGUAAAAUGCUGAUAUCAUGCGUACAUUUUCCUGUUCUGUAUUGUUACGUUACUUUUUUCCUUUAGUAUCACGCCAAAAAUAUAUUACUUACUCAAUGAUAUGUUACUUAUUUUAGUAGUUAGGAUAAAUGAUUAGCUUUUUAUCAUAUACAUUAGCUUAGGCUAAAUAUUAGUAAUGUCAUACGACUGGAUCACUGGAAGCCUUCAUUUGCUGUUGAACUUGGGUAGCCUAUUUUUGGCCCUAUGGCGAGGCUUGCCUUUGCUGGGUGGGCUAGCCUGUGCCCAUAUUUAAGCUUAAUUAACUAUCACAACUCUUUGGAGUAAAUUUUUAAUGUUCAAUGUUUUUUAUUCUAAAAGGAAUGAACCAGGUAAACAUUUUUCAAAAGAAUGAAGUUAUCACUAAAAAAUUUUAAAAUUGCAUGAUUCAGUUAUUAAACUAUAUUCGUACCAGAUUGGGUAUUAAACGAUUGGCCAAUAAAUGUUGAUCUAAAACAGUCUUUCGCAUCAACGGAUAUUUUUCUCAUAUAUAAUAAGUAAUAAUGAUUCUUUAAUAGUAGUUUGCAGACUAUCUAAGAAUCAAUAUUAUGCAUCACAUAUGUCACUCGCUCAAUCAAAUUGAGUAUCUUUAUAAAUAAGAAUUCAUUUUUUUAAUUACGAUGUUGUAUAAAUAGUCUUAAAAUAUGUAAAUAUUGUAAUAUAAUUAAUGUGUUGUAUAAAACUACAUGUGCUGUGAAUAUAUUUGUGCAUAUAUAGAAAUAAAAAUAUUA